AUGUCUACGACCCACCGAGACCAUUCGGAAUCACGACCCUUACUUCAGGACGCCACGCCCGACUCUUCCUGUCCCGCCGACGAGUCGGGAUCCACAACUCCGCAAGAAUCCGAGUCCUCCGCACCUCAGAAUAAGGUCUCGUCGACUGACUUGCCUGGUGCAGUCUUCCUCGGGGCUUUGGACGGUACCAUUGUUGCGACUCUGCUCGCUCCAAUCGGUAGUUACUUCAAUGAAUCUAACAGGUCAUCAUACAUUGGAACAUCCUACCUGCUGUCCGUAUGCUGCUUCACCCCUCUGUAUGGUCGUCUGUCCGACAUCCUCGGCCGGAAAGGAGCUAUGCUCCUCGCACUGUCGCUCUUCGGUGUGGGCACUUUCCUGUGCGGACUUGCGCCGUCGAUGGAUGGGCUUAUCGUCGCGCGCGCAAUCGCGGGCAUGGGAGGAGGAGGCAUCGCAGUGACAGAUCUGAUUCCCCUGCGGCAGCGAGGCCUCUACCAGGGCAUGACCAAUAUUUUAUUCGGUUUGGGCGCAGGACUUGGCGGUCCUCUGGGAGGAUGGCUCAACGAUACCUUUGGCUGGCGAUCCGCCUUCCUCUUCCAGAUGCCGAUUCUUCUGUUCUCCUUCGUCCUGGUCACGGUGAAGGUUAAUAUCAGCCUUCCGGAUGAAAUUCAGCAGCAAAGUCUACACACGAAAAUCCGCCGCAUUGACUAUCUUGGGUCCUUCACACUUGUGGGCACUGUAGGCUGCCUGCUAUUAGGCUUCAGCCUGAAGUCGACGGAGGAACUCCCUUGGUCACAUCCGCUCAUCUGGGGACUCUUGCUAGCCAGUGUGGUCUGGUGCAUCAUAUUUAUUAUGGUUGAGACACACUGGUCACCCUACCCAGUAAUGCCCAUGAGAUUAAUUAAACAACGCACACCACUUGCUGUAUCGCUAUCAUGUUUCUUUGGCAGUAUAGCCGCGUUCUCCGCGGUGGCCAUCUCGACUGGCAGCGUCUUCGCUGGCUGGAUCAUGCGCCGCACGGGCAAACUGUACACCCUGACGUUGGUGUCCUCUUUCACGACGGUCAUCGCCGCCUCCCUGCUGGUCUUUUGGAACGAGGAUACGUCGUGGUUGCAUCUGUGGUUCGACAUCGUUCCUCAAAGUCUGGGCAUGGCGAGCGUUAUCACGACCACCCUCAUUGCAAUGAUUGCAAGUGUGGUGAAGGAAGAUUUAGCUGUCGCGACAGGCAUCACCUAUCUAUUCCGCACUACCGGCCAGGUGCUGGGAGUUAGCCUGAGCGGCGCCUUGCUGCAGGCAAUACUCACUCGUAAGCUCCGGGAGCGCAUAACGGGACCUGGCGCUAUCGAGAUCCGUCAUUCCACGAACCUCAUCCCAGAGCUAGAGCCACAUCUGCGCCGAGCAGCCGUAGACUCCUACGCCGAUGCACUACGCGUUGUCUUCAUAUGCCAAGCUGUAGCAAACUUUCUGUGUUUCCUGUGUUGUAUACCCAUCCAGGAGAACUCUUUACCUGGGACGCAUGAAGAACAGGAGGCACAGUAUAGACGAAACAAACCCACUUACGGUAGUACCGAUACUAAUGCAUGA